CUUGCGGCAACGGAAGCAAAUCGAUUGUCUCGAAAAUUCAUUGUUUUGUAAAUAAAAAUUUCAUUGGAAAUGAGUCAUAUGCAAUAAUAUUCCUUGUCUACAAUGGCUUCAUCAAAACUGUGUUUUUGCUUUCGCGUUCUCACCAUCAUAACAGCCUGUUUGCUAUGGUUGAUAGGCGUUGCCAUCCUAGGACUUUCGAUAUAUCUUCGUGUGGAUUACUGGAUCAACCAGUAUGUUUUGGCAGAUGAUGCCCUACAGGCAUACACAACAUCUGUGUAUGUGUUUAUUGGCGUGGGAGUCCUCAUCUUCAUCUUCACCAUAGUGGGCAUCUUUGCUGCAGCUAGGCCUGACAAGAUGGCUCUCAUUGUGUACCUAGGAUUUCUACCAUUGUUGCUGGCUGGGAUGCUGUCUGGAGGUGUGCUGGCUUACGUCUACAGGGAGGAGAUAGAGAACACAGUGAAGAACUCUGACCUGCUGCCCACACUUAUCAAGGAAAAGUACAGUGUAGUGUCACGUGUCACACACUCCAUUGACUACAUGCAGAAAGAGUUGGUGUGUUGUGGAGGCUACUCAUACACAGACUAUGUGGAGUCGGUGUGGGCCAACGACUACCAGUCAGAGAAGCCUGGCGAGCGCAAGGACAUGGCACCACUCACCUGCUGUGCAGACUACAAGCGAUAUGAGGACAUCUCAUACUCUGAAUACAAGUACUGCCGAAUGUACGUAAGUGAUCCUGAGGAGACAGCAAACCAGCUACAAACACCCAACCCAAACAUUAAUAAAAAGGGUUGUGGUCAGGCAUUUGUAGACUUUAUCCAAGAGAACAUCACCUAUCCAGCAAUCAUUGCCUUCGUCAUAGUUGGACUUCAGAUCCUGUGUAUAGUAUUUACGGCGCUGACACUGUAUCACUUAAAAAAGAGUCCAGAGCCACGGGAGGAUGACGUCGUGUAUGAGAUGGCCCGCACGCAGGAGAAAUCCCCGUACCCCGCCCGUGGUGGACCAUACGCCAACCUCUACCAGUCUUGAACAUUGCCUUCCAAGGGACCAAAACCACUUAUUAUCCACCUACCAGAUAUUAGACCAAAUCAGUUGGUUAAGCCAUUCUUGUUUCGACCAGAUUGUGCUUACCAAUAUAUUUUGCAGAGCUUAAAAUUGUUUUCUGUUGAAUGGACACAUAAUUAACUUUUCUUGGUUAAUCUUGGUUUAGCCUGACACCUUUGGUUAUUUUUGUUUUCUCUCAGGUCUUAAUCCUAUAUAUCUUCAUAAUUAUUUUGUUGUUCUGGUUAAGGACACGUUUUCAUCCAGAAAUGGAGUGGGUUUUUUUAAAUACUGAAUAUUUUCAAAUGAAUUCUCACAGGGAAAAAGGAACAUGUAUUUUUAAAGCAAUUUGAUAAGAUUUAUAGUGAAUGAUUAUUUUAAGAACCACAUUCAAUGAAAUGAAAGUAUACUGUACCAAAUAAUUGUCCACUUUAGAAAAUUGUUAUUAUUUAAAAAUAGUUCAAAAAAUUGUUCCUGACAUUUUAAUAUUGCAUUUUUUUCCUUUCUAUAUUAUUGAAUAUAUUGCUCUGUUUAAAAGAGUAUUUUGGGGUGAAAUAUUUCAGCACUAUUGAGUAGUAAAAAAUCGAUAUUCCCUCCGCUGGAAGAAACAUGGCACAACCUUGUGCAUUUUCAAUAUUGGUGAUAUAUAAAAUGCCACAGCAGAAAAUAUUAAGUUUUCAUAUUUUGAAGCUACUAUUUUGAAGAACACAAAACCAUAAUAUGUAAGAAAAGCAAUGAUAAUUGAAUUGCUAAACAAGGUGGGCAAUUAAUUGGUACUGGCGAUAAAAUGGGUCCUUACCAGAAAUUAGUUGCAAGUAGUGUCAGCGAAUUCUUAGAAAAGUCAGUUCAAUGUCUUUUGAUAUUAAAUUGAAAAUCAAAUCAGAACGAUCUACCAAAAAGAUCUUCCAUUGAUAUCACUUGCUCAUGUCAUUUCUCAUUCUGUUAACAGAAUAUACACAGAGUUUUUAGCAUAAUAGUUAAAAUUGGAAAUGAAACGGAACAGAAUUUCAAGCAGUUUCUGAAAAUGACUUUUAAUCAUAUUUCUUGGACCAACUCAUGUUCAUUUCAUUGGACACAUACAGAAAAUGUGUUAGUUAUUUAAGAGGAGUAUUCUAUCAGUUAAACAGGCCCCAAUUUCUCGAAACAUCAUAAGUCCUCGCUAACAGGAUCAAGCUCAACACAUAAUUCUUGAUUUGGUAUAUUUUUUUUAUUUCUUUCUUUUGAAGAUGUUUGAGGCUUUUAAUGAAAAUCGUAUUUGAGAUAAAUAAGAUAAACAACCUUUUGUUUUUCUUAGAAUCAUAUUUAGGUAAGUAAUUUUGCUAAAUGAAAUAAGAUACUCAAGUAUUAAGAAUUUUUGAGAAAUUGGGGCCAGCUGUAAAUUUGCGUAUAUGUUGAGGUCCACCUUACAUCAACAUGCAUUUUUCACUUUUUUGAAUCAUGCCAACAUUUAAUGUUGAUAUUGUAUUUAUGUCGAAAUUCUGUCAUCAUAGGAAUCAUUUAUUAGAAUAUGUGAACAAAACCUUCUAUUAGUCUGGAACAUAGAGAUUACCAUGUAAUGAUAUCAUCUAUAAGUCUGGAACAUGGAGAUUACGGUGUAAUGAUGUCCUCUGAAUGAUCAGUGUCCCAUUAUGUGCAAUUCUAUUUUUUGAUACGCAUCAUACUGUAGUGUAUUUAGAUCACUUUCAUUCUCAACUGAUCCUCGCCACUCGUAGUACAAAAGUGCAUUUAGUGUGUUACCUAUUUUCUUCUCAACUUAUCUCUUUUCUUAGUCCCAUCAAUUACAUACAUGUAAGCAAUACAAAUAGUUACGAGUUGAACCUUUUGAAAAGGAGCUAUUUAUCUAACGGUGUGUCAGUUUUCCCUGUCAUUGUAUUCAUUCAUUGUUUUCGUACAUACAUUGUAACUAAUCAUGUAUUCAUUUCGUUGUCAUUUUGAACAUAUGUUAGGUAUUCAUUGGUUGUAAAUUUUGAAAGUUUAGUCUAAAGUAAGACGUCAUAGAUUUUUAGUAUGUACAGUUUAUGUACAGUUUAUGCUUGUUGUAGAGAAAGUGAUAUUGUUUACAUGCAUUUAAAGAUUAACUUGAUGUCUGCAAAGCUUUGUACAUGAUGUCCUCAAAGCUGAGAUGUGCAUGCUGCUUUAAUUUUGUACAUGAUAUCUGCAAAACAAGACCCUAGAAAAUGUUUUUAGUUAUAAAGAUUGAGUUAUUUCAGUUUUGUUUAGUUUUAAUUUGGAUGUGUUUUUUAAGAAAGAAGUCAAGUUACCAUCUUAGUGCUUGUGUUGUGUUUUAGCAGUAUAGUCAUGAACAAACUUUACUUUUUGCCAUAGCAAGAACACUUUUUAAAAAAAUAAAAAUUAAACUUAGCAUACAUGCUAUUGUUAACAAAUACAUUAUUAGUUUAUGUAUGAUAACUGUUCCGUUUAAAAUGACUUGAACCGAUACUUGUUCAUGGAGGAAACAUGUUUGGUUGCCAAAGUGUUUAACAUGUAUUAAUAAUAACACUUCAAACCUGAAACGAUCACGAUGUAACAAACAGGUAAAUUAAUAUAUAAAUAUUUGAUUGGUUGUGUUUGUUUUCAGUAUUGACUCUUGAUUGUAUUUGAUGAGUUAUUUAUAGAUGUGAUUAACACCAUUUACACGUGCCAUAUUGCCCAUGGAAACCCAUCAAAGGUAUUUAAUAAUGGGUUUGCUGCUGAGAAUGCAUGCUAUAUUCCUAAUUAAUUUAACAUAAUACAGUUUAUUUAUUAAUAGUUAGAAUUUAUAAUUCAAAUAAUUGAAAGCUUAUAAGCAUUACAUAUUUACACUAUACACAUUAUUUUAGAAUUUUAAAAGUGGAGAAUUCUCUCAAGCCAAUUCAAAACUGUUGAGCUGACAUCUCAAACAUUUCAUGAUGUCAUGGUUAUAAUAUUCUAAAUGAUAUUUUGUGUAAGUUUUGUUUGCCAACUGUAAAUGUUGAGAACUUCAUUUGAAUCCUACAUUCCGAUCAUCAUGGAGAAAUUGAUAAAUGGUGCUAAUCUUGCUUCUUCAAGCACUUUGAACGAUGAACAGAAUGUGUUUUCCUCUCUGAUAUUUCAGUUGGCCUAACUUGAAUCCAAUGUAUCAAUAAACGAUUAAAAUUGCUAUUCACUGGAAUAAAGAUAUUAAAUAUUUAUGUUUUAGUCAUUUCAAGGAAUGACCAGGGUCGCUAAGACAUUUUAUACUAGUUAGUUGCAAUUUUUGCAUAAGGAUUGAGAUUGUUUUAACUUUUUGUGUAGAAUCUAGUCCAUUAAAAGUUUUCAAUGCACAAGAUCUAAUGUUCACAUUCGUCUUAAUUGAAAUUGAUGUCUAUGAAUAUCUACUAAUGAAAGGUUUUUGAAAACUGUUGCUAUGUGUCUGUUUGCUAGAAGUAUAUUUUGCCUCUGUGGUUGCUUUUCUUAACUUAAUUCGGUCAGAAGUUUAGAUUGACAUCUUAUUUUAGUAAUUUUAACCAAAGUUAAACACACUGUUCUAAUUUUCACGCUCAAACCUCUUUUCAUCUUUUAAUCCAUUAUGUUUUGUGAUAUAUUUUUGCAUUUUCAAUGUUUAUUGUAUUGUUGGCGUACUUUCAUCUUCAUAAUCAUUGUAAUGUUGAUAUGUAAAGCACAUUUUUAUUUAAUUUUACAUUGAGAUGUAUUAUUAUUUAAUUGUACAAAUAUACAUGUGAGCAUUUAUAUCUAUUAUCCUUAUAGAUAGAGGGAUAAAUGUAUUAUACUUUUAAUAGAAGUUUUCCUUAUUGACAGAGGGUUUGUAUUGUAUUUUUAACAUUUUAGGAAUUGUACUGUUCUUUCAGAUAUGCAUGUUUUUCAUGUUUGUAUAUUUGUUUUGUGAAGAUAUUGUGAUCUGUAUAUGAUUGAAGACGAUUAAAAAAUACAAAAUACC